UUACUAAACAUUAUUACGUUUUUGUGCUUUUGCAUUUAGUUUCAACUUUUAACCAUACGUGAUUAAACUGAUAGUUCGCCCAAAAAUGAAAAUUCUGUCAUCAUUUACUCACCCUCUUGUCAUUUCAAACCUUUUUGACUUUCUUUUUUUCUGCAGAAUACAAACGAAGAUAUUUUGAAGAAAGUUGGUAACCGAACAUCAUUGGCCCCCAUUUACUUCUAUUGUAUGGACACAAAACCAAUGCGAAUGAGUGAAUGGGGGCCAGUUAACAACAUUCUUCAAAAUAUCUUAUUUUGUGUUCUGCGGAAGAAAGUAAAUCUCACAGGUUUGAAAUGUCAAGAGGAUGAGUAAAUGAAGAUAGAAUUUUCAUUUUUUCAUUACACUUUCAAAGUGAUAGUUCACCCAAAAAUGAGGGAAAAAAUCACAAUUUAUGGUAUUCACUCUCAUGUUGCUCAAAACCUGUAAAUGACUCUUAUGUGGAACACAAAAGAAGAUAUUUUGAGAAAUGUCUUUGUGAUUUUGUGUCCAUGCAAUGGAAGUUAAUGGGGUGCGAUGUUGUUUGGUGACCAACAUUCUUCAAAAUAUUUUCUUUUGUGUUCUGUAGAAGAGUCAUAUACAGGUUUUGAACAACAUGAGAGGUUUUGAAUGACAUGAGGCUGUGGAAAUGAUGACAGAAUUUUCAUUUUUGGCUGAACUACCUCUUUAACACUUCUUGUAUGUUUAACUUCAUGAUUGACGCUCUAAAUAACAACUGUUAUAUUGUUCCAAUCACGCACCUUGAUCCUCGCUCUAGACAUUAUUUCAUCUCUUUUUUGAGAUGUUAAAUAUGUUGGUAUAUAGGGCUGUGCAAAAAUAUAGAUACAUGUAACUAUUGCAGUAUUUUUUUUCAAUAGUGUAUCGAUAGUGAUACCUCUACUAUCGAUAAUUCUUUUUUAAAUCGUGUCAUAUACAUACGGCCAAAAGUAAGUGGAAGCGAGCAUGGCGAAAAAUAUAAGAACGCUUGGAGCUCUCAGAGCUGAUGUGUGGGUGUCCUUUGGUUUUCAAAAUAAGUCAUGGAGUAAUGAGUUAUAUAAAAUAAUGCUGUUUGUAGGCUUCGCAAGUCAUGACACAAGUCACUUGGCUACUGCAGUGCAUUAGACAUAAAGUUUAUUAAGAAAAGUAACAAUGACAUUUAUUGUGCUUUCACGGAUGUGACACCGGCGCAUUUACAGCACGGAUGAACCAGGGGUUUUAUACUGCCCAUGUUCAUUGUUUUAACUGUAAUGCACCACAACAGCCAAGUGACUUGCGUGAGCCACCUUAUUCCCCUGUGCUACCCACUUGAGGGGCGCAAUCCACCGUUUGAGAACCCAAACCUCUGAUCUAAAGGUCCAUGCAUCGCACAUCACGGCUAUUCUGCAGAGGUAAGGGAUGUUUUUACACUUAUCCUUACAGAAAACCCCCGGUGGUGCACAGCAUGUUGUAUUUCUAGCUCUACUUUUUACAUUUUCUAUUAAAAGUAUUGCAAUAUAUCGCAAAUGUGUAUCGUAUCGAAAUACAUAGCAAUAUACUCUAUCGUGACCCAUCUAUCGUGAUAUGUAUCGUAUCGGGAGGCACUUGCCAAUACACAGCCCUAUUGGUAUGUCUUUAUCUGCUCCGCUGAGGUUGUUUUGUGACUGUUCCGUUUUGACGUGUAUAUUUUCCGCAGAAACAUGAUAAGAAGCCUGUAUGUCGUGAUCUGGCAUGGAAGGAAUCCUCUUAUAGCCAACAUGUAUCUGGUAUACAGAGUUUUAUAGCUAUUUAGAAUUGCAGUGGCCUUGCUUACCGAACUGUGACUAAUAUAAGUGGAAGAGUGUGUUUGUCAUUACUAAAGCUCUACAGCUUUGGAGCUUGCAGGAAGGAAACCCAUGUGGGAACCAGAGCCAGUUUGAGGUGUCAUGUACUCUGUGAAUACUGAGAAAGGGGAAGUGACAUUGGUCUCUUCCGCUUUCUGUCUCACCCGGGGGAAGUUUGCAGUGGUGAGGAAGUGUGAGGAAAAGUCCACAGGGAAAGUCUUUGCUGCAAAGUUCAUCAAGAAGCGGAGACGGGGUCGUGACUGCAGAGCGGAGGUCAUUCACGAGAUCGCCGUUUUAGAGGCUGCGAAGAACAACCCUCGGGUGGUGAACCUGCACGCUGUAUACGAGACGGAUCAUGACCUCGUUCUUCUACUGGAAUAUGCUGCGGGUGGUGAGAUAUUUGACCACUGUAUGUCAGAGGAGCUACUGCCUGAGGGUCAGAUCACUCGUCUGAUCAGACAGGUGCUAGAAGGAAUUCAUCUACUUCACCAGAGCAAUGUGGUCCAUUUAGACUUGAAACCCCAAAACAUUCUUCUGACCAGUCUGAGCCCACUGGGAGAAAUAAAGAUAGUGGAUUUUGGGCUGUCUCGCAGGUUGGGCUCAGCUGGAGAACUCAGGGAGAUUCUGGGCACUCCUGAGUAUGUAGCUCCUGAGAUCCUAAACUAUGAGCCAAUCACCACAGCAUCAGAUCUUUGGAGUGUGGGUGUGAUAGCGUACAUGCUGACAACAGGCGAGUCUCCCUUCGCUGGCGAGGACAAACAGGAGACCUUCCUAAAUGUAUCCCAGGUGAACGUGGACUACAGCAGAGAGGCCUUCUCAAGAGUGUCUGAGCUGGCUGUUGACUUCAUCCGGAAACUUCUGGUCAAAUCACCAGAGGAUCGUCCUAGUGCGGCUGACUGUAUGACCCAUCCCUGGCUGUGGCUCCAUUAUUCAGGGUCUGAGCCGAUCCCUGUUACACCACGCACUCCCCGGGAAAGGAGUUACGGUGGGAAAUGCUCCGCGCCACCUGAGGACCCUGAGGACAAAGAGAACAUUCUGGACUCGCCACGAAGCAAGAGGUUCCGUUUUGAAGAGGAUAUGUUAGCCACAGGGGACGGUGAUCACUUAUGCUGAUGCUAAAGGGAGUUACGCUUGCUCUGAAUAGCAUAACUUCUCAUUUUUGGUCUAUUUUGAUUGCCUGAGUAUUCUCCAGUGCAGCACCAGCAAAAAUUGCUUCUGUUCUAAUAAUUUUGUUUCCACACCAAAGAUGAUCUUUCUACAAAAGGGGCCAAAUCUGGCGUGACGCUAUAUGUUAAUAUUAUAAUAGUGAGCUUCUAAAUGUCUAUUUUUCCGUCCUGUCUAAAGAUUUAAUUUACUUGUUCUGUCAUAUUUGGAUUUUAUAUAUUUUUAUUUUAAUGCCAUUCAGUAUCGAUUUCAUUUGCUGUGGCUUUUAGCCCAAAUUAAUGUUGACUCUAAUUGUAUUACUGCACUUAAAGCAAAAAUAGCCUGCUACUAAAACAACAAUGGCUGGAAUUCGAUACAGACAGAUAGUAUAGGCAUGUUUUGUUCGCGUGUUUUGUUGUACAUGCUUUUCCUUUUUGUGGUAUUGAAACAUCAGAAACCUUUAUAAAAAUGUGACUCAACACACACGCACAACACACCCUGGAUUACACAAAUAUGUGUUUGUGUUGGUCACAGUACUUCCUUCUAGAGAAUGACUAAAGAAAUGCAGGAAAGCACUUAAAUCCCCUAUUAUGUCUGUGUGACUAAAAUAUGAGAAAACAUUCUUAACAGCAUUCGAUUUGGUAAAUGAAGUGUAUCUAUGGAUUUUAAAAUGAAACAAAAUCGUUUUAAUAUUUUUUUACUGCCAACAUAUUGCUUAAUAAACAUGUUCUAGCAGCACGGAAUGCUGGUAUUAAGCAACAUUCUAGCAUUCUCCAAAACAGGCCUAAAUGUUUUCGGAGUGCUGUAAUAAAAAGCCUGUCGUAAAUCGUCUUGAAAUUACAGUUUAUGUGAUCUAUGCACCAAUCCGAGGUAAUUCAGGGUUCCGCAUGUUACCUUUUCUACAGGUCUGUUAAGCUAAUGCCAUUAACUUUGGAGGUUUCAGUACUUUUUCGUACUGUACCAUACUCUCAGGGUUAGCUGUAACUGCACAAUGUGUCUUUGUGUGCCUUUUGCGUACAGUUUUCUGUAUGCUCGAGCUGUACACCCUCAACUGAUGUCAUGCCACAUGAGCAAAGUGCAUUUCUGUGGCUGUAUAAAGUUUUUCCCCUGUUCAAAUAGACAUACUGGCUGGUAAAAAUACUUUUUUAAUACAUAAUCUUUAUAACUUAAGUUCAUUUUUUUACUUUCUAAGUGGAUUUUAAUAUUUUGUUUUCUAAAUUAUGCUUUAGGUAAUAAUGAUAUAUACCUGUGGUAAUUUGAAAGGAAAAAUGGGAUUCAAAAAUGGCUCGUGUUAAGUUAUUUUUAUGGUGUUUGGAUAUGUAGGGUAUGAGAUUUGGUUAUGAAGAAAGUGUUGUAGAUGUAUUCUGGAAUGGAGUUGAAGGCAAAUGAAUGUUAUAUGUUUUUUUGAGGAAAUGCUUGUAGUAGAAAAUUGUUUUCAGGAAAGGAAUGAACCGAAGAAUAGCAACAAAAAACUCUGAGAAGGAACGACUAUUGAAUAGUUUUCCGAGUGGGUGUUAGAACUGGAAAUAUUAGUAUUGAAGAAUUCAGUCUUAAAGUUUGAGCUUUUCAGCUUACUGGUCUGUUUAAAGAGGUGUGAAGAGCUCAUCUGUGUUUGUGGUCUCAGGGCUUUACGGUUUCCCAGAGAUGUCACCAGCCUGCACUCAUAAUAAGGCCAUUGUCUCCAAAGACGAGAGGUUCUUGUCACGGUCGUGUGCUCACUGUAUGCCGUCAUCUCGAAGCGAAACUCGAAUCUAGUCCCUGCCUGGGAAACUGUCUUAAGUAAUAUUUAAGGGACAUGAGGUAUUUGAAGCUGGAAUUUGAAAGAGAAAAGAAAACAGGCCAGACUGGAGUGCAAGACAAAGCAGUCACUGCAGUUUUUGUAGAAUGCUUGUUAUGUCCUGUACUUGUCAUACGAUUUGUAACUGCAAGAGGAUGCUUAAGGGAUAUGAAUCCUUAAUGAUUUUUCUUUUGUGUUAGACAGGAAGUGAAAAUUAUAUGUAUGAUGAUGAAUUUGUUUUAAACUAUUUAGUAAUAUACUUAUCAUAAAUAAAUUAUGUUAAUUUGAUUGACACAAUUCUAAUAUAAUCUCUAAAUGUGUAAAGGUUCUAUCUUCAGUAUUGAAUUUAAAAAUAACAAUGAUCAGACAUUUCCUGUUUUUCUAUUCAAAAUCAAACAUGCCAUCCCUCCUGCAACCACAUUAUGAUUUAUUAUUUAAAAAUGUUUAUAAAAUGACAAAGUUUUGACUAGCUUUGUAGGACUCCAAUAAAUUGUUAUACUUCUGAAAUGGAA